AUGUCGCCCGACGCCGAAGAUGCGUCUCCUUCUCCAGAACCUGGCCCUGAGCAAGACGAGUCAGGCAUCAUGGCAGAAGAGAAGAUUGAACGCGCCUCCACCGAGGAGAAGUCGCCCAACGCCCAAGCCAGCAAUGGCAACACCCAGCCAUCCAAAAGCAAUGCGAAGGAUCCUUCGCGGCCGCGGCGAAAGAAGGCGAGGCGUGCCUGUUUCGCAUGCCAGAGAGCUCAUCUCACAUGCGGCGACGAGAGACCUUGCAACAGAUGCAUCAAGCGCGGUCUUCAGGAUCAAUGCCACGAUGGCGUACGCAAGAAAGCAAAGUACCUGCACGAUGCGCCCGCCGAAGCACUCAUGCCAGGCUAUGCGCAGAAUUAUGCUAUGAACGGCAGCCAGAACCUGUCCACUGUCGCAGGCGCCUCCGCCAUAGGUCCUAACGGCAUGGCCGUCUCACAGCCCGGCACGUUCUACCCACAAUCUUCAGCCGGCAGCUUCCCACCGUACACGCCAUCGCAGCAGCAAGGCCAGAUGGGUCCACCUAUCAUGGACAACAGCAGCAUGGUUGCCGACUUCACGUCUACUCAAUCAGUGGACACUCCAACACAGUACCAGUCAACGUCGAGUCAGCAGGUCUCUCCUGCCCAGGAAAUGGCAAACGCGAUGGAGCACACUCCAUCGAUCGGAACAGGAGGGCCGUCUUUCGAGACUUACUUUGACCCCAACGACCCUUCGUUGUUCAACUUCAACAUUUCCGACUUGAACUUUGGCAACCACUACGGUGCUCUCGAAUUCGGCAUGCUGGGCCACAUCUCCUCAGGAGCCGUGAACACCCCGGAGGUUGAUCAGAUGAACUCAAUCAGCCACUCAAAUCAGGGUAGUGUGUCAUACGAAGGUUCUGCCAACUACGACUCCAACACAAAUUACAAUUACAACCAAGCAUUCCCCUCGUGGUCGCAGGCACCCGGCGCCGGAUCUAGACACAACAGCGGCAAUAAUUUGUGGACUCCCCAGAACAAUGGCUUGGAGGCCUAUGCUAUAGCAGAGCAAGGUUCAUCAAUCACUACCGCAAGUCCCCAUUCGCAGAGUCAAGACUUUCUACGCUUUCAGUCUAGCACCUUGUCUCCAGAAACGCAGUUCGCACAGCCGGAACAGCAUCAACAGUCUGAUCUACUGCGACAGAGCUUGUCUCAAGCUCAACGCAAGCCUCCUGCAUUUCCUGGCGACCCCAACGCGGAGCUGAAGAAACCUCGACGUAACACCUCAGAAAUCUACACUUCUGUACAAGCUCCGUACUCAUACACUCAGGGCUUCCACGCACUAACUGCGUUCUUGCAAAAGCGAUACCCGAAGAACAAAGUCUUACGAAUUGCCAAGGCACUUGCAAACAUUCGGCCUUCAUUCAUUUCAUGUAACCAGAGGCUGAACCAGGACGAUCUCAUCUUCAUGGAGAAAUGUUUUCAACGCACUUUGUGCGAAUACGAAGACUUUAUCAGCCACUACGGCACGCCCACUAUUAUCUGUCGCCGUACUGGCGAGAUCGCUGCCGUGUCGAAGGAGUUCUGCCUCGUCACAGGCUGGCGUCGCGAUGUAAUACUAGGCAGAGAGCCGAAUCUAAACGUCAACACUGGCGGUACGUCCUCGGGAACUCAGACCGGAGCCAGCUCGCGUGGGGUUGCUACACCUAGGAUGCCCAAUGUGGACCUUGACCCAGGUAGACCUCAGUCUGUCUUCCUGGCGGAACUUAUGGAUGAAGACAGCACAGUGCAGUUCUAUGAAGAUUUUUCAGAUCUUGCAUUUGGGGCAACUCACAAUUCCAUCAUUGGCGCUACAUGCUCGCUUCUGAAGUACAGGACGAAAGAGGAUCCUGGAUGGGGUCCCAACGACCACCUCACGGACGACGGAAAGCGGAUCAAGAAUCCGGGCGAGAUCAAGUCCGAGCCCCUGAUCAGAGGCGAAGCCGGCAUGAAUGCUCUGGGCGAGCGAGACGGCCGCGUUGAGUGUCAGAUGUGCUGGACGGUCAAGCGUGAUGUCUUCGACAUUCCCAUGCUCCUCGUCAUGAAUUUCUUACCAAUCAUAUGCUACCCACGUCAUGGCCAUAGCAUGUGA